GGGGCGGGCGGGCAGUCUCAGGCCCUUGGCUUGGGUCGCUCUGGGUGUCCCGGUGGCUGUGUCUUCACUACCUUCUGACUCUCCCUUUUUCUCUCCUUCCGCCCUCCUUCCCCAGGCUUCGUGCGUGGGGGGCUUCUGGGUUUGGUUUGGGGGUUGUUUUUAUUUUUUUUUUUUAUUCCCGAAGUCGGUGAGAUCAUCCUGCCUGGAGGCUGCGGUGUGACAGAAAUGCUAAAUAGCCCUCUGGCUCGAGGAGGCUUCCUCAGUUUAACUCCGUAGUCGCCUUGCAAUCAGGUGGUAGUCUUUCAGAAAAUGAGUACCUAAUUGAACCGGGGGUAGUACUUCAGGGAUACAGGCUAAAACCUAAAAGCAUAAGGUAUAUAUUAAAAAAAUAGUCGUAAACUUCAAGGAAUAGUCCAGAGUAACCAUGAAUGGAGAACUAAUGGAGUAAAUCUUAGGUUGAAAAUUCUAGAAAACGUAAGCUGUUGGCAUGUGGCCCCUACCUCUUUGCAAACGAAGAGUAAUCCGAGUCAUAAGUGGAUUUCGAUUUCAGUUUUUUGCAUCUUAGUAGUUAAUACCCUUCAUCUUUUAAAUACUCUGAAAUAUUCUAGUGCAAAGUACCUCAUUUUUGAUGCAGUUAAUACCCUUCAACUUUCACAACUCUAAAACAUUUUAGGUGUCAAAGUACUUCGUUUUGAUGGCAUUUGAUAAGUAGGGAUAGUAGUUGUCAUCCGUGGAGUUAUGUUAAACAGAUGGGACAACCGAGCACUUCACACUUCUUACUGUUUCUAAGUGAGUCAUUUAAGGAGUGUGACUAAUCAUCCUACCAUACAGUUGUCAACAAAAGAGUAUUUUUUUUCCCUAACUACCUACAAAAUCAAAGAGAUUUCCAGAUUUUCUGUGGAUGAUAGCUGAAAACUAAAGAACCUCUCUUUUGAACAACACUUUAAAUUUAGGUUGAGGGGGACUACAUGUGGUGGACUUCUUAAGAAUAUGUAUCGCAUUUUUUUUCUGUGCAGCAAUACACUGAUGUACCUGGGAAGUUGGUUAACUUGGUAUGGUCAUUGUCGAGCCAGCAGCCACAUGUUGUUUUAAGGCAUUUGUCUAAAUAACAACCUCAAGUGAAACUGAAUUGAUUUUAACAAUCCCCUCCCCGCUGCACCUGUGUCAAGUUGUAAGUCACCUGGGAGAGAGGAACUUCAGUAUUCAGUGCAGUAUGGAUUGGGGAUUUUCAUGGUAAUAGUCAUGAUGGGUGUAGUCAAGGUAAUGAACGUGCUAACUGAGGGGCUGGGGGUUGGGUGGGAACUGCUUUUGUUAUGAGGAAACGGGGGUAGUAACAGGAAGAGCUGGAUGAGAAAUUUGUGUUUAGAAGUGUGAUAUGAGAAGUGACCUGAUUUGAACAUUGCCCUUGUGGGAAAUCGAAGUCAGCAGUUAUCUACAGCUUGUGAGACUGAGCAAAGAGGGCAACAGUGAUUAAAAAAAAAUUACGGGAAUGGAAAAUGUCUUGAAGGGAAGAUACUCAGAUUUAAUUUAUUUUGAGUUAGAGCGGGGAGAAAAGAUUUUAAAUGCAUCAAAAUGUAGUUUUGGACACAGGAGGAAGAUGAUUGAUUUGGAAGAAGUGUUUAGAAGUGCAGCUACCUGGGGCAGGGGCUGGUGGGGGGAAGUAACAUGAGGUGUGGAAAUAAUGAAACCAAGGAUACAUCAGAAUGGAUCCCACAAAGAACAUAAGAAAGGACAGCUUGGCAUUAUCAUUAUGGAUCGCUCCCGACACCGUGCAGGAAAUGGCAAUGAGCAGGCGCCUUCACGAGAGCGCAGCCACGGCGAAGGUGAGAGACAGCGGCAGCUGGAGCGCCUCAGCAGGGAGGAGGCCUAUUACCAGUUCAUUAACGAACUCAACGAGGAGGACUACAGGUUAAUGAGGGACCGAAAUCUGCUUGGCACUCCUGGAGAAAUAACAGCAGAAGAGUUGCAGCAACGUUUGGAGGGGGCUAAGGAGCGUCUGACAUCACAGUCUGAUCUGGAUAACAGAGAAGGUGAAGGUAGAACGGGUGGAGAUUCUGAAGUUCUUGGGGAAAACUCAAAUGGCGACUCUUUGCUUGAAUGGCUUAACACAUUUCGUCGCACGGGAAAUGCCACUCGCAGUGGACAGAGUGGGAACCAAACCUGGAGAGCUGUGAGUCGAACGAAUCCAAACAGUGGGGAGUUUCGCUUUAGUCUUGAAAUCAAUAUAAAUCAUGAUCAUAAUAGUUUUGAAACAGCUGGGGAGGAGUACGUUGAUAUAGAUGCUACCAGACUGUACGUAGAAAGAAGGCGUCAGCUAGUUGCCAGUUCAGUAGCCCCACGAACAAGGAGCAUGGCUGCGAGAGAGGCAAACAACGAAGCUGCAAGGACCAGGCUUUUAAGACGUGCCAUGGCACUAAGGUCAGAAAUAGUCUCUCAUGCAGUCUCGCGGAGGCUCAGGAGCAGAACGAGGGAGCUGGCAGGCCAGACAAAUAAUAGUACACAAAAUAAUUUUGCGGCUGCUGGUGACCCAAGUGAAACAGCAGAAAGAGGUGCUUCUGCAGGACUUAGAAGGGGUAGAGCUAGAACUAAUGUCCGGAUGAACACAAACCAAAGACUAGAAAUUUUGCGGCUGAGGUCUACCUUAAGUAGUCGAAGCCGCUCCCCACUGCAAAGGCAAGAUGAUACUGCUCAUUCUGAGGAACGUGGUCAGAGGCAGGAUAGAAAUGCACAGCAGGUUAACAGAAGUAGGAGACAAACAGCUCAGGCUUCUCCACAGCCUACUGAAGAGCAAGCAAGAGGUAACGCUCAGGCUCCUCAGCCUUCCUUAGCCCCGUCCUUAGGAAUAACUUCGGAAGAGGAAGAAUCUAGUAGGCCAGUAGCUGCCGUCAGAAGGCACCCGACAAUUACACUAGAUCUUCAGGUGAGAAGAAUUCGUCCUGGAGAAAACAGAGACCGGGACAGCAUUGCCAGUAGAACUCGUUCUAGAGUAGGAAUGUCAGAAAACACUGUUACCUUUGAAAGUGACAGUGGGGGAUUUCGGCGCACGAUAUCACGAUCAGAACGCGCGGGUAUUCGGACCUACGUUAGCACUAUACGGAUACCUCUUCGUCGGAUUUCAGAAACUGGGCUUGGGGAACCUUCAUCAGUGGCUCUUCGAUCAAUCCUUAGACAGAUAAUGACAGGCUUUGGAGAACUGAGUUCUUUAAUGGAAACUGAAUCUAAUUCAGAAGUACAAAGAGGCGGUCAUCACUUAGCAGAUGCACAGAAUAACUCAAGCUCAGCAAACAGCAGUGUCCCAAGUGAGGUUUCGUCUAGAAAUGGACAUGCAGUGGAAGGCAGGAGAGGAAGAAAUGGACAGAGGGGUGGUACUCAACGCUCUGGGCGCAAUCAUGAGAACCAAGAUAACAGGCAGUCUCAAGAUGCAAACAACCUAGUGGAGAACGGAACACUGCCCAUCCUUCGACUCGCCCAUUUCUUCCUGCUGAAUGAAGAUGAUGAUGAUGAUCGCUUAAGAGGUUUAACCAAAGAGCAGAUUGACAAUCUUUCUACACGGAACUAUGGGGAUAUUCACACUGAAAGCGAACGGAGUAAAACGUGCAGUGUUUGCAUUAAUGAAUAUGCAACAGGGAAUAAACUAAGGCAGUUACCUUGUAUGCAUGAGUUUCAUAUUCAUUGUAUUGAUCGCUGGCUUUCUGAAAACUCCACUUGCCCAAUUUGUCGGCAGCCAGUUUUGGGGUCUAAUGCCACAGAUAAUGGCUAGAAUUGUUUGUACUGAUCAGUACUCAAGGAUCUGCUCCUGCUCUGUUUGUAAUGAGCCAGAUGAAAUGCAUUGACUUAGAUAGGGGUCCAUUUGGGGGGGGAGUUUUGUUAAAUGUCUUUAAAAAUUAUAGGAAACUUAUCUAAAUCUAACAGUGUAAAUACUAUUUUUUCCAAGUGCAGGUCUAGGAGGACACAUAGAACCAAAUGAUAUUGGUAAAGUUUAUAUUUUUUUAGGCAAUUUUGUUAUGCUAAGCACUUUUGUAAAUACAGAAAUGCAAUAGUUAAUCAGUCCUGCUUAAUGUAUGUUUUUUAACAUUGUAAUGGACUCGCUUUAUUUAGAUUACAAAUUGUUUCACACAGACCCACCACUGUGUUGAAAAAUUAGUGGCUAAAUAGCCAUUUGUUAGCUUUUUGUUCUAAGAACAAUUUCUUUUACAGAGAGUCUCUUGCUGGACAUGUUUGCUGAAGAUAUUUAAGUUACUUGAAGUGCUCAUUUUAAUAGACUUUUUUUUUUAAAACAUUGAAAUAUCCUUUCCAAAAACUUGCCAAUUUGGUUCUAUUUAAAAAAUUCUGUGGCAAUUUUUGCAUGUGGGUUUACACAGUUCUUAACAUUGACGAGUUCUUAUUCAGAAGUGGAUGAGUUAGUGGCAUUAUGAAAUGUACAUAAUUAAAUGCUGUCUUGGACAAUCUUUGUCUUUUCAAUGCAGACAGCAGUCAAAUUGGUAAUUCCAAGAGGGUGUGUCUUACUUGCUCAAAGAAUAAAUGAGCGCUGAGGAAGCCUUUUUACUCUUCCAAAUUACUCAGUUGAUAUUCCUGGGGUUUUAACUGCCUUCGUUUAAAGAGGGGAAACAUUUCCUUGACCAUGAUAUUGUCUAUAAUAUGCAUGUUUUGGCAUCCUACUCAGAAGAACAAAACAAAAGCUUGAAGUGCUUUUGUACAGAAAUUUAAGGUACACAUAUAGUAUUAGUCCUCUUGAAACAUGCCUGAGGACUAAAUGGCAAAAGACACUAAAAAGGACAAAAUAAGCUUUCCUGAAAGUCCCCAGUAUCUGUAUAAUUAGAUAUUAAACUUUAUACCAAUGACUUACACCAAAAUAAAGUUGCAAGAUAAAUAAUUGAGGCUUUGUGUGAAUUACUGUUGAGCCAUAUCCUGUAGAUUAAUAAGACUUACUGUUCUUGAUGUUCAGUCUCAGUUUUCACUUUAUUCUUUCCCCACUUUUCCCCAGCUCUGUUCCUGGCCUGUUAGUUGUUAUGGUACAUAAAAGCCCAGCACAAAGCGCUCCAGGGGUUUCUGGGAGAAACUGAAUGUUACAAAGCUCAUCUUCUGAGCAACCUGCACCUCAGUCCCUAGAGAAAGGCAGAAUUGUGCAAUUAUCUGGUGUGUGUAUAUUCUGAGCAGUAAAAAGAGUACUUGAUGUGCACAGGUUCUACUGACUUUCUCUGCCUGUAGAUAGUGGCCUUGACAAAUGUGCUUCUGAGCCAGGUGCUUUACUUAGAACAUCUGCUCAUUACAUCCUUCAAGGGUAGCUAUAAAAUCCAGCGUGGGCUAUUGGAUGUCUACUUCAGUUCUGCAAGUGAAAAACUUGGGUCAUAAAUUUCACAGAAGGGCGUUUUUUCAUUCCUAAAAGUAGUUCUAAGAAACUAUUAUGAGAUUUAGAUGAUUUAAGGAUAUGAUUAAGAUCUCUUCUGAUGUAAUUUGUGCUGUUAACUACUGCAAACAUUGCUGACCCCUCCCUUGAGUGCUUCCUUAGCUGCAAUAGAGUGAGGAGAUUUAAAUGUGAUUAUCAGAGCUAGCUUAUUUUUUUACUUUUUUUUCCUGUUACUUCUGUUACCUCCUGAGGCUGACAAUAUAUAAAUAUAUGUAUAUAUGCCUUC